UGUACACGAUCUGUUUAUUCUUCGAUUUCCGGUGUUUAUGAGGGUGUUAAUUAUUCACACAAUUCCCUGUAUAGCGUGUCAAUUUAGCUGCAAGGCAUGUCACAGCUGUUAUCCAAUCAAACCGGGGAUUGUUUGCGGGCGAUUCGUCACACUUGCAUCCUUACAAGCACUCGCGCAGAGCUCAUGAGAGGGUUAAGCGAUGGAGCGGCUUGUUAAGUUCCUCUUGCUUAUAAUCACAAUAACACCACAGCCGACGUGGAUGCUCAAAAGAGUCAGAAAAGACGCAAAAUUAGCUCUAGAUACAAACGGCCAAAAAAGAGCUCAGCUCGUAUUCGGGUCUUCUGGCAAGCGAGUCAAGCUCGGUGAGGUCUAUUUGACUGGACUCGAUGGAUUACGUGGAGAGAAAGGAGAGCGUGGACUGAUGGGGCGCCGAGGAGGGAGAGGGCCAAGAGGAUUUCCAGGCGCAAAGGGCGAGAAAGGCGAUAGCUGCACAGCAAGCUGCAAUAAUUACAUCUCUCACUCCGCCGAUCCUUGCACCGACAAACUCGAAGGCUUGUUAAGAUACGCGCCGAAGACAUCCGGAUUAGAGAUCUGUUCGCACAGAAAGUGGCAACACCUCACUGGGGUCUCCCCCCAAAGAACAGGCAACAACACCCCCCGGAAAUCCUGCCUUGACAUCUUAUUCCGAGGAGAGAGUUAUGGUGACGGCAUGUACUGGUUGAACCCAAUCGGAGGAGACGACCAUAGGAAUGCCUUCCGUAGUUACUGCGACAUGACAACAGCAGGGGGUGGGUGGACACUCGUGGCCAAGAUAACGGACGAUUACAGCUGGGUGUGUCCCUCCCGUAAGGGUCAGAUCUGCUUGAAAGCCCCCUCAGACCCGAUGUACGGCAGCCUGUUCCACUCCAUUCACCAGCGAGACAGCGUCGACCUGUCAAUCACACAUGACGUAGACGCUGGCGUCCAUCUCAACAAUACCUUGAUAAGAAUGCUCUUUAAGGGUGGACGACAGUCCAUACGCUUCACCUUCGUGACGGCAAACAGCGGUUGGGUCCCAUCCGAGGAUGCGUACGCAGUCUUUCACCCCGGGCGAAGUAACGAGCUGUUUGUUGACGGUGUCUGGGCCGCGUACAAUAAGUCCCACAUGGAUUACACUUGGAACGUCAUUAAGCACAGCCGCAAAGAUAAGAAGUUUGACGGCACGCUGAUAUGCUGGGGUAACAAUGUUCCAGUCUCCUAUCGAUUCUACGACCACGGGUUGCAUUUCGGGUCCCCCGCGCGGGCCCGCAAGCCGUGCCUCUUGGAUCACGACGAGCACGAGGUGAUGCUGAAGAGUCACUACGCCAUCCUCGAGGGCUCCCCCCUCCGCGCGCGCUGGGACAUGGCACAGUUCGGCUACCUCGGUGCGUCCAUUGUACAGGCUCCCAAUAAACGCAUCGCCAUCUGGGUGCGAUAAGUGACCUUGAGCACAUCUCUUCCGUCGCCAAAACAAAUUCUACAUCGAUGCGAAGUCGGGUUGCUUUAUCGAUACUACUAUAACAAUUGGUUACCUGUUACUAUCAUUUGACUGUUACGUCACUGAUAUAUCAUGUGAUACUAUGACGUCAUGAACUGUGUGAACCUUACUACUUAUUAGCGUUUUGCUACUUGUUGGGAGUAAAAAGAGCGAACUAUGAGAGAGAGAGAGAAAGAGAGAGAGAGAGAGAGAGAGAGAGAGAGAGAGAGAGAGAGAGAGAGAGAGAGAGAGAGAGAGAGAGAGAGAGAGAGAGAGAGAGAGAGAGAGAGAGAGAGAGAGAGAGAGAGAGGGACAAAAAUCAUCAAAGUAUCAUCACUCAGUGCGUGGUUUGUUGUGUGAAAUGCACCGAUGAGCUAGCAUAAGUCACUUAUAUAUUUGUCUAAAGGGGAAACCACGUUGAGCAUUAACACUUUAUACACUUUAGAUUAAGUUAUUUUUGUCUACACUACACUAAAUGUCGGAUUGAUAAGCGAUGUAUUAAGGCUGCUAACUGCGUCCUAAAUGACCGCCAUUAAUUAGGCACGAAUACAUUUAAACGUUUAUUAAAGUAUCUAGCUUGA